UUUUCCUAUCAUGCUCAACGCGAACCUUCAGUCAGUUUUCUCCGCCCGUGUUACAGUGAAGGUCGUAAUCCUGAGGUAACCACACACAGUCGUUGCUGUAGUCAUAUCUCAUGUCACAUGACAUUGAGUGCAAACAAAUACUCAGGUGAGCAUGACACCGACCUGUGAGAGAUUGUGGCGCAUGAAGUUUAAACAAGGUAGAUAGGUGUGUUCCUAGGAAGAUUGUCCGCGACCCUGUCAAUACUGGAUUACCUCCACAAUGUGACACAGUGUCACAGCCUGGCUCCACUGUGAUGUCCCGUCUUCUCAUCACUGCUUGUCCAACAUUCCUUUUGUAAGGAGCACUACUUAUCGACAACUAAAAGUUGCUGUAGUUGACGAUGAAGGUAGCAGUAGUAGGUGCUGGAGUUGUUGGUCUGUCAACCGCUAUCAACAUCCUGGAGAAUGUCCCAGGGGUUGAUGUUACCGUCAUCGCCGACAAGUUUGAAGAAGAGACAACCAGCAGUGGGGCAGGCGGCCACUUCCGGCCAAACCUCAACCACAUCGAUGGUGUACCGAAGGCUACACUCAAACGCUGGGCAAUGGACUCCAGAGACCAUUUCUUCUCCCUUGCGGCAUCAGGGGCGUCAUCAGAAUCGGGUACCGGCUUUGUCUCCGGCUACCUUCUGCAGGACACACCUGAGGGGGGUGUUCUGGAGGACAUAGUGUUACACUUUAGACGACUGUCCCAAGAGGAAAUGACGCGCUUAAACUUCAAGCAACGUUAUUGCUAUGUUUAUACUACUGUCAUCACAGAAAUGAAGAAGUACCUCAAGUGGCUUGCGGCAAGAAUUGUUGAACGAGGAGGAAGAAUACAGAGAAGAAAGCUUUCGUCCCUCCAGGAAUUGUGCGGAGUCUAUGAGGCCGUGGUGAACUGCUGCGGUCUCGGUGCAAGGCAGCUGGUUGGUGACUCCAACAUCCACGCCGUCAGAGGCCAGCUGGUCAAGGUCCGAGCUCCUUGGGUCAACAUGUUCUACACAUCAGAGACGAAGGAUGGAGUGAGCACGUACGUCUACCCACACUCUGACGUCGUUAACCUUGGUGGGAGCAGACAGGUUGGAGACACGAAUCUAGAACCGGAUCUCCAUCUUGCUGAAGACAUCAUCAGGCGAACCAAACAAAUUGUCCCUGCCCUUGAGGGCGCAACUGUUGUUGACCACUGGGUAGGUCUCCGCCCAACAAGGACUCCGAUACGGAUUGAACAGGAAGUACUUGAUGGGAAUGGUAAAGAUAUAAUGGUGGUCCAUAACUAUGGCCAUGGCGCCCUGGGAAUCACGCUCAGCUGGGGCACCGCUCUGGAGGCUACAGGGAUCGUCAAAAGAUGGGCACUAUCCCGCAAUAGGUCCAAACUCUGACCCUUUGUUCAUAUAGUUCAUUGCAAAACUUGCCGACACUUGUCCUUGUUUAAUUGAUGACAGUCAUCGAUCAGUUCCUUGGAGACUAUUGGGAAAGUACUGACUUGUAUAAAUAUGGCUGAAAUCA